UUUUAUUUAGUCUACAAAUCCACGCCCUUGUUGUAACUUGACAUUUUAAAUUAUUAAUGCAUGGACCCAGCCCAACAUUGUCGCCGAAUGUCAAUCUGGUAGUAUCGCAGUUUAGUUUUGGGUAUGUUCUCCAUCACAGUCACAUCAAAAGGGAAAGCAAUGUUUUCCACUAUCUUACUUAUCUGUCUGUGUUAUGUUACCGAUUUUUCAGAUACGCAUCGGCCAAUGCCACUAAAAGAUUGUCAAUCAAGAAGUAAAGAUGUUCUAUUUAUAAUUGACUGUCGAAGUGAAGUAAAAGAACAAAUAGAAGUUGUACAAACAGCUAUCUUCUAUCUGUCUAAAGACAGAGACGAUAAGAAUAUAAGUCACUCAUUUAUGUCGUUUUCUGUUACUGGAUUGAUCCAGACAAAUAACUUAACCGAAAUUCAAAAUGUACAGCCCAUGUGUAAUAAAAAAUUACCCAUUAAUGACAUCUUUAACGCAUCUGCAUUGUGGUUUACUUCUAGAAAGAAACCUCUGGUGACAAUUAGCUUCAUUACUGACACCACCGAGCCACCAUUGUCAGAUGAUGUUAAAGCAAUUGUUCAAAUACAAAAGAAAGAAAAGAAAGUUGACAGAUUGUUUAUAAUACCGGACAGAGAUGGAGAUUCUAAGAGAGUCUUUCAUAAAGUUAAAUUCCUUUAUUAUUAUGCAUUAUCCCAUGAUUUAAAUCGAAAUAUUGUAGACAUAUUUGCUCGCAUUUGUAAGAAAAUGUGUAAAAAGCUUCCAGCAACGUUUACAUCCGGGCAUUUCAUGACGUCAUAUUACCAUAUUGCCGAUGUUUAUAAUAUGAGUUAUGAUCAAAGUGUCCAGUACUGUGCAAAACGUACCAAUAGCUAUUUAGUUUCAUUAGAGUCGUCCCAGGAAAUAUCUUUUUUGUUUGACUAUCUAAACAAAUCUUUUGCCGCAAAAGAUUUCCACAAAACAGAUUUACGCAUACACAUUGGCAUUGUAAAACACAAAGAAUCCUGGAGUUCGGGAAAUCCUUUCGUCUAUUUAAAAAAUUUCUCGUCAAACGAAGAAUGUUACUUUCUAAAUAUUUCAAGUCUUGAACACAUUGAUCUGAUGGACAAAACUAUUGAAAGUUUUAUGAAAAAUUUGAUUUCUGAUACAUGUUCAGAAAUAGUACAACCUUCAUUAGUGAUCUGUGAAUGUCAUGACAUUCUUUCAAAUCCAAGUUCUAUUCAUAAUAUUUCAAAUGCAGCAUCUAGUAAUAAAAACGUAAUAUUUGGAUCAUAUCUUGAGGAUUUUGUAGGUGGUGUUCAAAGGUAUUCCAUGGUCUAUAAUUAUAGAGAUCUACAGAUCGUUGAAUGUGUCCAAAAUGUUUCGACUGGCAACAACUUUUUUCAACUGUAUGUCUGUAGCAAGAAAUUAAAUCUCAACUUUAAUGCGAGAGAAAGUGAAACAAAAACUAUUUCCGUUUCACGACUAAAUGGUGCUAAGUAUGUUGUUUUUGAACAUUUCGAUAUAUCUGACUGUAUGAACUAUAGUAAAUUUAAACAUAAUGCAACCAUUGACAUGUUACAUGAACUAAGUUUUAAUAAAGAAAUUGAUCUUUUUUGUGAUAGGAGGGAUAAGGAGUCACAAACUUCAGGAAAAAUAUUUAGUAUGAGUAAUACUAAAUGCGGAACAAAGUCUUUUGAGUGUGACAAUUCAACAGAAAUAUUCCAAUGUGAACGCCAGAAAACACAAGUAUUUCACAGAUGUAUUAAAGAAUAUUUCCACAUAUGUGAAGACAACUCACACUUACAAAACUGUGAGACAUUUGUUUGUCCUAAAGGUUUUAUUAAAUGCCCCAAUUCUUAUUGUAUUUUCAGUUCAGAUGUUGACGACGGCUAUCGAGAUUGUCCAUUAGGUGAGGAUGAAUUUCAAAUGUCAAAUUUUUUAGGCUUUACUAAAAUUAGUUUCAUCUUUGAAGAAUUUUGUGUUGAGAAAUUAUUUGACUUUACGAAUGAAGAAAGAAACCUUUUUCAUUGUGACCUCCCUUGCCCAAUGAAUUACAUGUGUGUUUCCAAUAAAGUAUACAGUAAAGGAAAGGAAACUGAAAUCACUGAAUCUACUUUUCAGGUGUCAUCAGGUCUAUAUAACACAUCAAAUUUAGUUUAUCCACUACAUUUUUACCAACAAAUGUUGCCUUUCUUUCAAAUGGUUGAAUUGUAUGCCCAAGAUUGUCGAAUACAAACUUUUGACUAUUCUUUUCAAUAUUGGAAUCUUUUAGAGGUCAUUGUAUUAGAUCUUAGUUACAAUGAGUUAAUUAGUAGCAAUGAUAUGAAAUCUAUAACAAGUUUAAGUCAUUUAAAAGUGCUGAACAUUUCUCACAACCAAAAUUUAACAAUUUAUCAAAAUUUCGUUUUUCCAACAUCGUUAGAAAUUAUUGAUUUUUCGUAUACAAAAACAUCAACAUUAAAAUUGAAUGUCUUUGAAAAUGUAAGUUUUCUAAAACACUUAAAUCUAAGUAAUACUUUAGUUUCUACAUUUCAAGAUAUGGGAAUACCGGAAUACUAUAAACUAGAAACUUUAUACAUAGAGAAUAUUGAGAUGACAAAUAUUUCUGAAAAUUUUUUCCGUGGUCUUACUAUAAAUUCUGAAUUACGAGCUAGUGAUUAUAAACUUUGUUGCCCACAAAUAUUAAAUCCAAAUAUUUCAGCACACAAAUGUCAUGCACCUGUAGAUGCCAUCUCUUCAUGUAAACAUCUUGUUGGUGACGUCCUUAAAAGAAUUACCAUCUGGACAGUAGGACUUAUAACCCUAGUCGCAAAUGGCAUUGUGUUGGUCUAUAGAAUUGGUUGGAACAGAGAGAUAUUUAAAAAAGCGUAUGAACUAUUUGUAACAGGCCUAGGUGUUUCAGACUUCAUUAUGGGCAUGUACUUAAUGUUAAUAGCUGCAGUAGAUAUUCAAUAUAGUGAUAUUUAUGUAUUAGAAGAUGUUAAAUGGAGACAUAGUCAUUGGUGUCACUUUGCAGGCUUUCUGUCAACACUCUCAAGUGAAACGUCCACAUUUUUUAUUUGUCUCAUAACAAUAGAUCGAUUUUUAAAAACUACCUACCCUCAUGGUCAACACAGAUUUACGAAAACAGGCAAAUAUGUUUCAUUUACAUUGGUUUGGCUGAUUAGUUUUCUUUUGGCUGCAGUUCCUAUUGUUUCAAAAGACUGGAACAUUUAUUCCACAAAUGGUUUGUGUCUUGCACUGCCGUUGAUCACAACAGAUUAUGACGGCUGGGUUUUUUCUUUCAUCGUCUUUGUGGUUUUAAAUUUUGCGUUGUUUCUUUUUAUAGUAAUGGGCCAAAUCUUAAUCUUUACCAAUUUCAACUCCAAAAGAUCUGUUCACAGUAUCAAAAGAAAUUCUCGCAGAAGGCUGGAGGAUCUGAGUGUAGCCAGAAAAUUGGCUUUUGUUGCGCUGACAGACUUCAUGUGCUGGUUUCCUGUGGCAUUGCUUGGGAUUCUGUCACUUAGCGGUUACAUCUUUGAUCGUGAAGUCUACGCCUGGAUAGCUGUGUUUGUGUUGCCCAUUAACUCUGCCCUUAAUCCGGUCAUCUACACAAUUCCAGUAAUCUAUAAGAGAUUCUUGUCUUCCAAGAUUUCUUUCUAAUACUUUAAAUUGUGUGUUUGUAAUUUUCAUUAUAAAAUGUCUUAAUUAAUCUUUAAAAAAAUAUGUUGGCAUUGCUGUUUCAUUUGCACCAGUGAAUUUAGGAUUCCCUGAACAAAAUGUAAUAUUAUAUGGCUCUAAAUCAAAACAAAGACAGUAAACUCAUGUGUACAUCAAGGAACAGUCUUAGGCCCACUAUUUCUAUUUUACGUAAUUGAUCUACCACAUAGCAUUUGUUAAGCAACAAAAGAUUAUUUUCAGAAGAUUGCAUAACAUAUGAAGUAAAGUUUCCCUUUCACACUGUGAAGAAACAA